UCUUGCGUUGUUUCCGGCCACCUCAGCGGGAAGCAGAGACGCCAGCAGCUGGGUUUGGGGAAACUGGGCUGGAGGUGUAAUCGGAGGCGGCCGGGGAGGCGACGCCUGUGGCCGCGCGGACCGAGUCGGGGUCCCAGUAGCCUGUGAAGAUGGUGUUGCUCACGAUGAUCGCCCGGGUGGCGGACGGCCUGCCGCUGGCCGCGUCCAUGCAGGAGGACGAACAGUCUGGCCGGGACCUUCAACAGUACCAGAGUCAGGCUAAGCAACUCUUCCGGAAGUUGAAUGAACAGUCCCCUACCAGGUGCACUCUGGAAGCAGGAGCCAUGACUUUUCACUACAUUAUUGAACAGGGGGUGUGUUACUUGGUUUUAUGUGAAGCUGCCUUCCCUAAGAAGUUGGCUUUUGCCUACCUAGAAGAUUUGCACUCAGAGUUUGAUGAACAGCAUGGGAAGAAGGUGCCCACUGUGUCUAGACCUUACUCCUUUAUUGAGUUUGAUACCUUCAUUCAGAAAACCAAGAAAUUGUACAUUGAUAGCCGUGCUCGGAGAAACCUAGGUUCCAUCAACACUGAAUUGCAAGAUGUGCAGAGGAUCAUGGUGGCGAAUAUUGAAGAAGUGUUACAACGGGGAGAAGCACUCUCAGCAUUGGAUUCAAAGGCUAACAAUUUAUCCAGUCUGUCGAAGAAAUACCGCCAGGACGCGAAGUACUUGAACAUGCGUUCCACUUACGCCAAACUUGCAGCAGUAGCUGUGUUUUUCAUCAUGUUAAUAGUGUAUGUGCGAUUCUGGUGGCUGUGAAGUAGUGAAUCCAGUCACUGGUACGGGAGAAACUCGGACCCAGCAGGUGUACGUUUUCAGGAAGCCAACCCACGGGGAUGUAUAUUAGAAUCCAAGUGGAACUUCUGCCUCUAAAGACCUUGCAAGAAAAAACAUGUCCUGAAAUGGGAAGAUUACACCUCAUUUAAUGAAGCUUAACCCUGUGUAGAAAGACUCUUUUAGGGGCAGAGUCUUUCUCUGGGUGCUAAGCCAUAUACAUUCGGGAACAGUAGGUUGUGUUGUUUUGUUUCCCCGCCUAGUACAUUCUUAAAACAGCACUGACUGAGGCAUUCUCAUUCUCUAAUGAAGCCAUCAGCGAGAUUUAGCAUAGCCAAUCUGUGCUAGCAACAUUCUGAAAUCCCUUCAAAGAAGGCAGCCCUAACUUAGGACGUUUUUCUGACUCUAAUCAACAUUCCUUGUGUUGGUGACGUAUGACUCUCAGUGAUCAGAGUUGCUGAAGGCCUUUCAAACAAGACUCCAGUAUGUGAAGGUUAAUUGUGCUGCACAGACCUUGUCUAUCAGCCCCUGGGGGAAGUUAGCCCUUAUUGUUUUCCUUUUAUGGUAUUUUGCUUAUUGCACAAUUGCUCUAGGGUUAAGUCAAUUAUAUUAAGAAGGCUUGAAGUUAUAAUAUAGUACUCCUUGAUUAAGAA